UAUGACAAAAAUGGAUUUGGGAGCCCUGUCUUCUCUCGCGGCGCUGCUGCUCGUGGGCCUCUGCUGCGCCGGCAAGGACGUGGAGCACGGUGCUGAUGAUGACACCGACAUAACCAGCAUUAUUUUGAGGAUGAACAACGGAUCCGAUGAGUUCCUGCUGGAAGGAGACAUGAUGGUUCCGAAAACCCGGAACGCUCAGAAGUGCCUCAACAAGCAGUACAGCUGUCUGUGGGAGAAGUCGGCCAACGGCCUGGUGGAAGUCCCGUUCCUCAUCAGCGACAAAUACGACGUCACCGAGAAGAGCACCAUCCUGGGCGCCAUGAAGGGCUUCGGGGAGCGCACCUGCAUUCGCUUCGUUCCACGUCGGAGACAGAGGGCGUACCUGACCAUCGAGCCGAGGAACGGCUGCUUCUCUCUGCUCGGUCGCAUCGGAGACAAGCAGAUGGUGUCGCUGCAGCGGUUCGGCUGCGUCCAUCACGGCAUCAUCCAGCACGAGCUGCUGCACGCGCUGGGCUUCUACCACGAGCACACGCGCAGCGACCGCGACAACUACAUCAAGAUCAACUGGGAGAACCUCAAGAACUUUUUUUUAAUCAACUUUGAGAAGAAGGACAGCAAUAACCUGAACACGAAGUACGACUACACCUCCGUGAUGCACUACGGAAGAACGGCCUUUGGAACCAACAGGAAGGUGACCAUCGUUCCCAUCCCCGACGCCAGCGCUCCCAUUGGCCAGAGAGAAAACAUGUCCGAGUUGGACCUCCUCCGGAUCAACAAGCUCUACAAAUGUUAGAGUUACUGCUGUGUGACGUUCAGGCGACAGUAUAACAA